UUAGGCGGUGCGGGGAGCUUGGACACGUAGCUUUAGCAGGUAAAGACGAGGAACGUAAUCUCACAGGUCAAGCCUAGGAUCAUGAAAUAACCUUACAUAAAAUUUAGGUGAAACUGAGACGGCUCGUAAAGUAAAGACUUCCUCUAUUUCGCGGCUAUACAUAGUAUACGGGUGAAUACAUAACUUUUUUGAAUUCAAUUAAAAAUCAAAGAAUUCCCUCCUAAUGUAACCCUUACCUUCGCAACCCGCACUCAACUCUACGAGCCGUUUCAAUCAAGCAAUACAUCUAUAAACAUUUGGCUUAACGUUUAUAAUAAUAAUAUGUAAUACUAAAUUAUUUUCUAUUACACUUACUAUAUUCCCAAAUAUUAUCCAUUUAUUAUAAUAAUAUUUUAUAACAAAACAAUACAAUAGGUAAAUGCACGUAAAUAAUUCUAAAUAAAUAUUAUUAAUAAUACCACCGAUUUAAGAAAUCCUAAUUUAUUGUGCGAUUUUAAUAACGUGAUAGCUCUAAGCAUUUGUGCUUUACAUAAAAUAUAUUUAAAAUAAAGAGAAUACUGACAGAGGGCGCGCAAACACAUCGAAUUUGGACGUACGUUUUUGCAACUUCGUACUGCAAUUUUGGGAUUGACAUUGUUAUAGGUAGACCAGAAUCUCAUGAAAAAUAACGCAAAUGAAAUUCCGAAGUGAGCAACACUGAACUCUGUGUACUUAUACCCUUUGUAUAUAGUACUCUGUGGCGAAUAUUGUUAUUCAGGAUUAUAGUGAAAAAUACGUAAAUUUUGUGAUUAUGUCGAAAAAGCCAUUUCGAUCACAAGCAAGAAACAUUGUUUACAAUGUAUACCAAAAGAUUUGUGCAGAAGAAGAUAAAGAUCAAUCAGAAUCUUCGAUUCUAAAACGAGUUCAAACAUUGACCGGAGUUUCUUCCUCUACGAUACGAAGAUUUGUUGGUGAAGGAAGAGCAAACGGCGGUGUGUUCUCAACACCCGGUAAAAAGAGGAAAGGGGGAAAGAAAAAAAUUAAUUUGGACAGUUUUGAUUUAGAAGUAAUCAGAAAUAAAAUAAAAGAAUUUUAUACUGUAAAGAAAGAAAUUCCAACUCUGAGGAAAUUAUUACAUACUCUUCGGGAAGACAUUGAUUUCAAUGGAAGCAGAGAAUCAUGGAGGCUUAUUCUGAAAAAUAUUGGCUUUGACUUUGUGAAGUGCCAAUCAAAAAGAACAAUUUUAAUGGAGCGUCAUGACAUCAAGAUACAAAGAUUCAGGUAUUUAGAGCGUCUGAAGAAGAACCGUGAAUCUCAACAACCUGAUAAACUAGAUGUAGUUUAUUUAGACGAGACCUAUAUACACGGUUCAUGUUCUGUAAAUAAGUGUUAGCAAAGUAAAGAUAUUGCAGGUCCAUCUAAAAGUAUUUCAACGGGGGCAAGAUGGAUUAUUGUGAAUGCUGGUGGAGAAAACGGUUUUGUGCCCAAUUGUUGCCUAAUAUAUAGGUCAAAAAGUAUAUCUUCUGACUACCAUCACGACAUGAACCAAAAUAACUUUAAAAAAUGGGUCAUGGAAAAGCUAAUACCAAAUCUUACGAAACCAUCUCUGAUUGUUAUGGAUAACGCAAGUUAUCAUUCUGUACAAUUGAAUAAACCACCCAUACAAGUUAACCGCAUAGCUGAUAUUAAAGAAUGGCUGCUUAGAAAUAAUAUUUACUAUGAAGAUCAUGGGCGUAAGUGUCAAUUACUUGAAGCAGUGCAACAAAACAAGUCUCCACCUAUAUAUGAGAUUGAUGAAAUUUUUAAGUCGCACGGUCAUGAAGUAUUAAGGCUUCCACCUUACCAUUGCACUCUAAAUCCCAUAGAAAUGAUAUGGGGUAUAAUGAAGCAGAAAGUUGCCGAGAAGAAUGUUAAUAGGCCUGCAAGUGAUAUCAAUUCAUUAACAGAGGAAGCUUUCUUGGAAAUUGGUGCAGCUGAAUGGCGAAAAUGUUGCGAGCAUGUAAUAAAAGUUGAAAAUGAUUUUAUUAAUCAAGACGAGUUCAUAGAAAUGCAAGAGGAGCGAUUUAUUAUAAAUACCUCUAUGUCUUCAUCAUCCUCCUCAGAUGAAGAAGAAGACGUGCAAGUGGAGUAUUUAGAACCAUUUUCUAGCUCAGAAUAAAGUUAUUUUAUUUUUGUUUAAAAAAUGCAAUUACUUAAUAUUAUAUAAUAUAUAAAACAAGCCAAUAACUGUUCGAGUUAUUUCAUUUAUUGAUUACAACAGAUACAACCUAAGUACAGUAUAUACAAUUAAUAUUUUAGAUGAAUGAUGUUAUUAGUGCCUUUUAGUAAAAAAUUAAAAGUAUCAAGAGGUUUUAAUCCAAUUACCCUAGUGUUGCUUACUACAAAAUUUCAUUUCCCUAUUUUCCAUGAGAUUCUGGUCUACCUAUAAAAUAAUGUAACAGUAAUAAUUUUAUGUAUGACAUCCCUGUUUUUGGAUAUAGCAACACUGCCCCGUCUCAAGAUCCUUCCUUUUUCUCGUGUGUGUGAACUUCACGCUUACCACGGACCUUGUAUCUAGAUUAUUUAUAAUAUUAUAAUAAAAUAGUCAUACAAAUAUCAAAUACAAAAUAUCACUUUUUAAUUUUUCAAUACAAUAUCAGGUUAUGGGCCCAGAAACGCGUGGACAAAAAGAAGGUCGAUAAAAUACUACGCUGUUUGACGGCGUGGGUUCGCCAUUUUGGAAACACCCGGUGUUAAAACGCAAUUAAAACGUGAAUACGUGAAAUCCUAUCUCAGGACACGGAGUAAUCACGGUUGUAAAAUAUGGAGGACAAAGAAGACUCCAAAAUUAAACUACGGGGCGAAGAAAAUUUGACGAUUUGGAAGUUCCAGAUUACACUUCAACUAAAAUCCAAAGUGCUUUACGACACACUGAAAGGAUGAAAAAGGUAACGAGAAAGACGCCAAGGCCAUGGCAUUAUUGGUAAAUCGAAUGUCCGAAAAUGUAAUACCGCACGUGUUAUCAUGUGACAGUGCCAGCCAAAUGUGGACAAAAUUACUAUCAAUAUUCGAACAAGAUUCUCAUGUGAGUAUUCAUCUCUUGUACCAGCAAUUUUAUUCCAUAACUUACGAAAGUAAUAUAACAGACUUCUUAACAAAUAUUGAGAACAUUAAAUCAAAAAUUAUUGCUCGUGGAGAGAAACUGUCAGAAAAAAGGUUCAUCACAAAGGUAUUGAUGAGUCUACCUCAAGAAUACAAACACUUUAUCUCAGCGUGGGAGUCGCUCCCUGAAGAGCGUCAAAGUUUUAACGAGUUAAGUGCACGUUUACAUUUAGAGGAAACAAGAUCAAAAGAGGGCGAGCCCAGCGAGGCACUACUAGUUAAACAAAGAAAACAACAUCCAACAUACAAUAAUAAAAAUAAAACAUAAUGUAAAUUCUGUAAAAAGUAUAAUCACACUAUAGAAAAUUGCUGGUUCAGACAAAGGAAAGUUCAAAAGAAUACACACAAGGAUACCAACGCAUUUAUCCUAGCAUCAGAUGAGGAAACAGCGGUUACAGCAUCUUCUUCGAGCGAGUGGAUCCUGGACUCCGGUGCUAGUGAGCAUAUGUGUUGUGAUAGGUCUAUAUUCUCAAA